AUGAAGAAAUAUCGUGAGUUUUAUUGAUUUUUUGGUAGGAUGGGACUAUGUUGGAACAUGGAAAAAUGAAAUUGGUGUUGAAUUACAUACGCUGUAAUUAAAGUGUUCUUUGGGAAAUGGGAAAAUGGAAAUUACUUUUGCUCUUUAUGAGAACGGCAAAGGCUAUAAUUAUGCUGAAAAUUGCUGAUAUAUUUUGUAUAUAUGUUUAGUUGUUGAGUUUUGGUGAAGAUUUGUUGUAUUUUGUUGUCUUAUUUUGCAAUAACGUUCAAAACUUCUAUCGAAAAUUCUGGAAAAUAAACAUAAACCAGUUACGUGAUAUUCUGGUUUUUUCCUUGAAACUUUUCUUUAUUCGUUCUCCUUUACUCAGAAUAACAAAUUCAAUCCUGUUGCUUUUCAAACCAAAUAUAGUGAUAAUGAAAAUCGGGAAAGCAAAUACGCAAAAAAUUGAAUCAAGAUAUCGGAAUUAAAUGUGUUUUCUCAAGAACUACAAUUUCUUCACUCAUAACAAUUCGAAAAAAAAAUUAUUUUUGACUUCGGAGAACUGCAUUAAAAAUAAUUUCGCUUAUUUUCCUAAAGCUACGUUUAAAUCUGAUCUGAAAUUGCCUCGGGAUUAGAGUUAGAAGUUUGAUUUUCUUCCAUAGUUAUACUUUAGUUGCAACUUUACCGCAUUUUUUUCGAAUUCAGAUUUUAGAAGAACUGAUUCGACGGUUUCUCAAAGAUAUUCUAGGAAAUUUGAAAUCAGCAAAAUGUGUCACAUCCAAUUCUCAGUCUAUAACUAGUUUGCAAGAUCAACCUCAAAAACCAUCGAACGUCAUCAGUAUUUUUUGCGAAAAAGAGAAAAUAUUAUCAAAAAAUCACCAUGGAAAUCAGUAAUUUCAAUCACAUUUCCAUUUCGCAUAUAAAAAACGCAAAGGCUUGGGAAACUAAUUGUUAUUUGGUGUGGGUUACUAUAGAGACAUCAAAACUUUUAUCAUGGCUUCCCCCCGCACAUAUUUUUUAUGUCAAAUAUUUUCAGUUGUUAUGUUAAUUUCGACCUUUUGUUUUUGCAGGUGAAAUAAAUCAGGACGAGUUUGCGGAUUUCAAAAUGGUAGAAACAGGUGAAAAUUUUUGGAGUAUUUCCAGGAAGGAGGGGGGGGGGAUUAAUUAUAGAAUCAAUGUAGAUAAUUUCAGUUUUUGUAGGAUCGAAAUCGCAGGAUAACAACCCCAUGAGUGAAUAUAACUUGAGCAGAAGGUUAGUUGUUUUCAAAAACCUAAAAUUGUUAAUUAAUUAGUCCCAAGAUAAAAAUGGGUGGUACCAGGAAAAACAGGUGGAAAAUAUCAGUCAUAUAUAAAUACACUUUUCACAUUCUUUUUCUCACUUUUCCUAUUUUUCUUAUUUUUUCCUAUCCAGACAGAGUCAGUGCCAAUAUAGUGCAUGUUUUUUUUUGAGAAAAACAAAACCUAAUCAAAAAUUUAACGUGUUAUUAUUUAUUAUCGGAAGAAUUAUGUAAUGUGUGUGUACUUUUUUGCGUCUAUAUAAGCUUGUUUUUAUUUUCAAUUUAAGGCAUUUCAUUUCAUUUUUUGUUUUUGUAAAAUUUCAGUUAUUGAAAAAAAAUUCUGCUCUGAAAAAUCUCGUCUUGCCUGAAAGUGACAGACUUGAUUUGAAAAAAAAGAGACUUCCUGGAAAUUAAUUUCCUAUUGUUAUUCAUAUAUAAAAAUUAUAAGCUAUAGAGAAAAAAGAGUUUUUUUUCAAAAAGAAUUAUAAAAAUUGAUUAUUAUGCAGAUACUGUAGGUCGUAGGUUUUUAACCCGGACUUUUCAGAACUUUCGUAGAUUUUUUUACGAACCACUGUUUAAGAAAAAACCCUCCGAAGCGUUUAUUUUUUUACCCUAAAAAAAAUUCUCACUUAUCAAUGAAAACUGUCUAGAAAACACCCAUAGUUUUGAACAACAUUAUUGACGUAAUAAUUGAACUCAUUAAACAUGUUAUGUUAUGUUAUUUGUUACACUAUGCUUAUAAACAUUCCAAAAAAUGAAUGAUUCAUAUACCAGUUUUCACCUCCUUCAAGCAUUUUUCACUUUCAGAUCAGAUAAAAACUUGACCCAAACUAACCUCAACGCGAAACUGUUUUUUUUUUGAGAAAAAAUUCCAAAAAAAAAAACUAGACCAGUUUUUUUUUGUGGUGUUGUAUAUGUAUUAUUGUUCAUUAUUUUAUAUAAUUUGAACAUGUGAGACAGGAUUUUGCUGCUAUCAUUGCAAAUCCUCUGGUUUGUCAACCUGAUUAUGUAAUAAAUGUUCGUUUUCAUUUCAUUUCACUAACUCAAAUAUUUUCACUUUUAGGUAGACCUUGAAACAUUAUUUAAUUCUAUUUUAUUAUUAUUUCUGUUAUAAAUUUGAGAUAGAAUAAUUAUAGGAAUAUAUGUAAAUACAUAUUGUAGUGGAAAGGUGUGGUCAGAACAGAAAUAGUGUAAAUAUAGAUUUUUGUUUUCGACAUAUUCGUUCAUGGAUUUUUGAAGAUGACUGGUUUUGAAUGUUUAGCAUUUCUGACUAGUUUUUUUUUCUGAAGUUUAUUUAUUUAUUUAUUUAAUUUUUGAAUUGUUUAUGAAAAUGUAAAUUUUUUAUUGUAAAUAAUUCAAAAAGUGUUACACAUUCAAUGAAGUUUAGCAAGAAAAUCAUUUUUUUUUGGAAAACGUUUAUCAAAUUAGUGAACAAUAAGAAAAAUUCGAAUUUAGAAAAGACCUAAUUUAAUUGGAAGUUAGUUUUUCCGUGAUUUCAACACUGGUUGUGGAAGUUCAGUAAAAAAACAUUUGAAGGUUUCUGAGUUUUGCAUUUAUUUUUUUAAAACAGAUUUUCUACUAACGCUAAAGCUUUCAUUUCAAAAAAAUACCAAAUUUUUUUGUUGACCUUUUUGCUCGGUCAUUUUGUUUAUGAACUAAACCUAUCAGAUUUCAUUGUGACCUACGCAGCAUUUUAGUUUUAAAAAUUUUCAAAAAUACACGAUUUUCCAUUAUAUCUAAUCCUGAAAUUGAAUUCAACGAAAAACACAUUAUGAAUCAUAAAAAUAAUAAACCUUUUUUCCGGUUCCAACCUCAAACCUUCUUCAAACAAAAAACACCUGCUUCUUUUCAAUAGAAUAGUAGCACAUUCAAAAAAAAACGCGACCAAAAAAUAACUAGACCUUUGUAUUGGUCAUUUUUUUCGUUUAUGAUUCAUUAUUGAUCUACACUUGUACGAAAAUUUGUCAUCAUUAUUAUUUGUUUUUAGUUUGCUAUAGCUUCCCUUGGAACAUUGUCUCCUCCUUUUUUGUUCCCGCGCACACAAACAAGAAAAAUGAAAAUCUGUCUAUCGUCGUGACCUCUCUUUCUCUCUAUAUCUCACUGUGUUUUUUUUUGUCGCCUUCCUAAUGAAUAUUUAUUUACUCUUGUUUAUUCUAAUCACAUAUCGGAUUUCGCUCUUUUCUCUUUUGUUGUUUUUUUCUUGAGCAGUUCCUAACUUGUUUCUCUUGAAAGUUUGCCUGAGUUCGCUAGCAGCUGUUCUCUAAAAAUGUUCAAUUUUUUUCAAAAAAAAAAUUAUUUUUGCACAGCAUUUUAUUUUUAGCUAGAAAAAGUCCAACUUUACUUGGAAUUCUUUUGUUAGAACAUUCAUAUAUAUAUACUAUCCAGUUCAGUACACAUUAUUUCCAAGGUCAUUGACUUUUCAAGUGUGUUAUUUUGCGUGUGUUCUUCGCUGUUUUUUGUACUCAUUUUAUUUUUAAUUCAAUUGUGGAUUUUGAAAGCUAGCAUUGAUGGUUUGAUGACUUUUCUGAUUUCUGAUAUAAAUUUAUAUUUGUUCUUAUUUCUCGCUCGAUCUUUAUAUUUUUCUAUUCUGAAAUUUCCUUCAGUUCCAUUCAAAAUGGCUAAAAAACGUCAUCGUCCAACUCCUGAAGCACAAUAUGCUAAAGACCCGUAUAUUUUGCCACCGUUUCCAACAGCUCCGCCAAUGUCUCCACCAAAUCGACACGAUGGUGUUUACCCAAUGAUGCAUCUUCCACCUCUGCCAGUUUCGGCAUGUCAUAUUCAACCAUCUUCGACUUCUUCUAACUUACCUGAUCAGAUUGCAAGAUUUAAUUUGAAAAAUCCGGAAAAAAUGGGAAAAAGACAUAAUCCACAAUUGUAUACUAAAAGGUUUAUACCUUAAUUUUCAAGAUUUCACUAGAGAUUUUCCAAUAAUUUUUUUUCAGAGGUUGUACGGAUGUUUGUUGCUGUUUCCUAUUCUUUGUUUUCCUUGCUGGUUGGGCUGUUGUCGCUGCUCUUGGAAUGGCAUGGGGAGAUCCACAAAGACUCAUCUUCCCAACUGAUUCUGAAUUCCGAAGAUGUGGAGGAUCACAAGAUGGAUUGUAUAACUUCACCAAUCGACCAUAUUUAUUAUAUUUUGAUCUAACAAAAUGUAUCAGUUAUGCGACUGCACUUGGAGGAUGUCAAACAACACAAAUUUGUGUGGAAGAAUGUCCAUCAACAUAUUUUUCAUAUUUGCAAUUACAAUCUGUGAGCACUUCGGAGUUGCAGAAUCAAGUUAAAAAGAAUUUGUAUUGUGUGGAUUCGAUUGAUAAAACGACCAUUACAUCAUUUGCAAUUCUGAAGAGUUUGGUGCAAUCGCAAAAAUGUGUUUCAUAUACCGUGAAGUCAAUUCCUGGUGAGUUUGAGGUCGAACUUCUUAGUAUUAGAAAUCUGUGCUGAGGUUCAGAAAGAAACAGAUGAAUUCUAAUUAAAAAAAUCUUUUUUUAAAUGUUUUCCCAGCCUGCUCAUCGAAUUUUUUCAGUACUCCAACGAUGUUUCCCUCAAGCAAUAUUCAGCGCUGCUGACACAAUCAACACCGCCUUGAAUGCUUCAAAUUCUCUAGAUGUCCUCAGAUCCACUUUUGGUGAUGAUGGAACAAUUCCAAACGACACAAUGAUCACAGGACAAGGAUCACAGUGAGUCGAAAAUCUCAGAAUUUUAUCUUUAUUUUUUAUUUUUGCAGAGUUAUCAAACAAGUCGUUGAAGAUCAGCCAGUAUUCCACAAAAUUGUGCACGAUUUAUCGCAAACUUGGUGGCAAACUCUGACCCUUAUUAUUGCUGCUGGAGUGUUUGCAUUCAUUUGGACAGUGAUUAUGAGAUUGUUGGGAUCAUUAAUCAUCUGGUUAUCAAUUUUGAUUGUUAUUGUUGCACUUGGUUUUGGAACUGGAUACAGCUGGAAUAAAUGGAAUAACUUGAAGACUGCAGGAGCCACUGAUGAUUAUUCUUUCCAUCCAGCUUUUGAAGCAUAUUUCGAAAUGCCAACUACUUGGUUUGUAGUUGCAAUCAUAUGUUCAGUAUUCCUUGUCAUUUUCUUGUUAAUCAUUUUGUUUAUUCGAAAAAGAAUUAGUAUUGCUUGUGCAUUGAUUACUGAAUCAAGUAAAGCAAUCGGAAGUAUGAUGUCAACUUUGCUUUUUCCAAUUAUCCCAUUCAUUUUACACAUUGGAGUGUUUGCGCUUUGGGGCUCAAUUGCGAUUUGGUUGGCUUCUUCUGGAGAAGAAAUUUGUCGAAUGAAAGAGACUAAUGGAAGUGUUACAAAUACAUCAACGAUUUGCAAUUGUAAUUUGAAUAUCAGUGGAUGCACAUAUGUUGGAAUUGAGAAGGAUAGUGAUCGUAUUUUCUGGUUGCAGUUGUAUAAUUUGUUCGGAUUUUUCUGGCUUUCAUGUUUUGUGACAGCACUCGGUGAGUGAUUUAAAGAUAUUUUGAGAGAAAAACAAGCAAAUCCAAAAAUAUUUAAGUUGUCGCGAGACAUUUCAGUUUCAGUUUUUUCCAGGAUUAGGUAGACUAAAAUUAUUGAACUUGCGAACAGGAAAGUUGUUUCAGUCUUAAAAUUUGGAGAAAAUUAUUUUUCGUAAAUAAAAAAUGAAACCUAAUUGAUAAUUUUUGAAUUUAGAUCAUAACAAUCUCUUAAAAUUCUGAAUAUUUAGCGUGAAUUAUGAUUUUCUGCAAGAAUUUUCAAAAGUAGCCCUCCCCAAAGACCACAGCUCUGUCCAUUUUGUUGUUUCCUGAAUCAUAGAUGUUAUGGUUGUUGGAAAAUAGCAACAUUUAUGUUGUUAAUUCCAAUGUAAACAAAACCAUGAAUGUUUUUCUGCGUUUUUUCAGGCGACAUUGCUCUGGCCGGCGCCUUUGCUUCAUAUUAUUGGGCUCGUGACAAAAAUAGAGAUGUGCCAACUUUCCCGGUUUAUCGAGCACUCACUCGAGCACUUCGAUACAAUUUAGGAUCAAUUGCUUUUGGAUCUUUGAUUAUAGCAAUUGUCAAAAUUAUCAGGGUUAUCUUGGAAUACAUUGAUAAUAAAUUGGGAAAAUCGAAAAAUCAAGCAGUGAAGUGGUUUUUGCUUUGCUUGAAAUGUUGCUUCUGGUGUUUAGAAGUUUUCUUCAAAUUCUUGACAAAAAAUGCAUACAUUAUGGUAGGACAGAUUUAUCAAUGGAAGAUUUUUAAAUCUGGUAUUUAUUUUUCAGAUUGCAAUUUAUGGCAAAAACUUCUUCACUUCUGCAAAAGAUUCAUUCCUUCUUAUCACAAGAAAUAUUGUUCGAACUGUUGUUGUUCACAAAGUUGCUGGAAUUUUGUUGUUCCUUGGAAAAGCUAUGAUUACUAUUGGAAUGGGUGAGUUCAGAAAAUAAAACAGCGGAGAAAUGAGAGUUUGAAAAAUGUUUUUGAAUUUUUGAAAAGUUUCUAAAUUCAGAAAAAGACGACCCAAUGAAAAUAAAAUUUUUCAAAGAUUCAACUUUCCCGGAAAACACUCCUAACUAUUUUUAUUUGCAGGCAUCGUCAGUUAUUAUUACUUCUCUGGUAAAUGGGUAGUUGAUGGUGUUCCACAAGUCGAUCUCUAUUAUUAUUUCGUCCCAAUCAUCAUUGUUGUUAUUGGUAAGUCAAUUCAUUCAUUAUAUGUUUCAUAGAACUGUGAAAUUUUACCAGUUUUUUCCCAUUUUCAGGCAGCUAUUUUAUGGCCGACUUGUUUUUCGAUGUUUAUGAAAUGGCUGUUGACACCACUUUUAUUUGCUUCUGUAAGUCUAGUUUUCUCCCAUUUUUUAGUAAUUGAUAAUGAAAUGAAUUGUUUCUUUUCAGUGGAAGACAGUGAACAAAAUAAUGGAAGUCCUGAUCGACCAUAUUAUAUGUCCGAGCGACUUUUGGAAAUUCUUGGAAAUCGAAACGAAAUUCCUCUAACCAAAUGA